AUGACCAAGCUGAAUAAGGAGUCGGUCCAUGAGCUUUUGACUCAGGCUGAUAUGGUGGCUAGUUCUAUAGAGGAGCUGUGUAAAAUUGAGAAGGGCCCUGCGGUGAAUCCUGAUAAUCGUCGUUAUGAAGUUGGUGAUGCGUUCUGGAAAUCAUGCGACAUGCGUACUGGGCUAAGACCAGAAGCUAGAGCUGAGGCCCUGGUAUUGGCCAAGACUUCGUUCGUGGAUGAUACCACACGAUCGGUAAUUGAGAUCCAAGGGGAU